CGUCUGCGCAGGCGCCGGCUGCGGUUGCCAUGGAGACGGGGGCGCGUCCGCGCCGGGCCCCGCCCCCAGCAGGCUAGGCUGCGCGCGGCGGGCAGGUGUCGGCGGCAGGUGUCGGCGGGCGGCCGGCGGCUCCGGCACCUGCUUCCUGACGUCCCGGCAUGGCUGCGUGGGUGCAGGUGCGCCCGGUGCCAGGCCUGGGGGGCGAGCUGACUCCCGACGACAGCCUGCAGCGCCCCCUGCCCAGCCCCACCCACCUGCUGCCCCUGCCACGGCUCGCCCCCAAGCCCUUCUCCAGCACCCCCAGCCCCACCGCCCGGCAGGCCCUCGGGACGCCUUGGACCCUGGGCCAGAAGCUGCCCCCACCAGUGGAGGUGGGGGAGGGUCCGCGCCGGAGCUCGUCCCUGUUCAGCCCCCCGGCAUCCCCUGAGGGCCCCCCGGAGUCCCAGCCGACGGCCGGCCACACGGGGGACCCCCUGCCCGGGCCGAGGCCCAAGCCGAGGCCCAAGCCGAGGCCCGUGUCUGCCAUCUUCACGGAGCCCGUCCAACCCCCCCGGCCCGGCCCUGGCAAGAUGCCCCCCACGCCCCCCGAGAAGACGUGGGUGAGGAGGCCCCGGCCACUGUCCGUGGACCUGACCGCCCGCUUUGAGAGCAGGGGGUCCGCAGCAGGCCCAGGCCCCCCCGGGGACGGUGGGCGCACCCCCCCACCCAACCCUGGCGCCCCCUCCCAGGAAGCAUCCCAGAAGCCAUGGGAUCGGGUGCCAUGGAGACGUGCGCAGACGGACGGUGCCCUAGCGGUGGCCACGGCGCCCCCCAGAGAGGACGGCAAGCCCCAGAAGGCGCCUGAGACCAGCCCACCCCAACUGGCCGGUGGCUUGGCCACAGCUGAGACCUCUGCUGAUGGGGAGGCCCCAGGCCCGGCCGAGCAAGGCCCCCGGGGCAGUGGUCAUCCCCAGCCGGGGGAGGCGGCCACAUCCCCACCUGCCAGUUCGGACCCCCCGCCCCAGAGGGCCGGCGUGAGCGUUCAGGACCGGAUCAAGGGCUGGGCCUCAGACGGCGGGGACACCGGGCCGGAAUUUCCCAGGAGGAGGACGCUGCCCACCCGGCCGCUCUCGGCAGACCUGACCAGGCUGUUUUCAAGUCUUGCUUGCGGCCACCAAGUCAGAUGCGAAAAGUGCCCUGAGCCUGGCGGCGAGGAGACGCCCAAGGACGGGAAGGAGAAGCAAAGGGAAGGCCAUGGUCCGGACGGGGUCCCCCCAAGGAGUUCACGGAGGCCAGGGACCUUCCGGGAGAAGCCACCCAGCCUAGCGGAACAGGGAGAUGGCACCACCCCAGCAGCCGACAGGAGUCAGGGGGUCUCUUUGGGGGCAACGAGGACCCCUUCUGCCCUCACCGAGGAAGACAACGGAGGCUUCCAGACUGUGCGGGCCACAUUGUUCGAGCAUCACGUAGAGAGACACAGGGUGGCCACAUCCCUGGGCCCCUCAACUAUAGAGCCCAGAGCCAGGCCCGGGUUCGAGAGAGGCACCUGGAGUGGGGUAGACCACUCAGAAAAGCCAGACUCCAAGAGGGAGAGCUCCAGGUGGCUGGAGAGUCCAGGCACUAAGUCUGGGCGCCCUGCCAUCCCCAAUGGGCGGCCCCAGCAGAGUCCAGUGGUCCUGCUGGACAAGAACCCUCUGGGGGGCGGCAGCUCCUCCCCUCCUGCCUGCCAGAAGGUGGAGGCCAGGUUCGAGCUUGUGCAGAUGCCAGGGGAGCGCGUACACAGUGAGGGGGUUCCUGCGGCCUCCCAGGGGAAGGCUGGAGUGCUCCGAAGCAGUCAGUCUAGGUUCUCCCUGGGGGGGAGGCAGCGGUCCCUGGAGGGCCCCUCCGUGGACCCUGUGUGCAGGCCAGGAGGACAGACAGGGGCUGUCCACAGGGCCAGUUCCAUGUGGGAAGCUCGGGGGACACAGGACCCCUGGGGAAAGGACAGCCUUAGGGGUCUGUCCCCCAAAUGGACAGACGGAGUCAGCAGGAGCUGGCAGGACGCACCAGCAGUGAGCCCUGAGACGAUCAGGGAGCCCCUGGCCGGGAGAGCCGCCCAGCCUGUCUUCUGGACUUGGGAGGGGCCCCAGGGAACUGGGGCCCAGCCAGGAGGCAUGACUCCCUCUGCCGAGCAGGGGUCCCCCAUAGAGUGCCCGCCAGACCCCCCAUCCAGGCUCCAGGAUGCAACCUCCCAAACUCGGCAACGCCCAGAGGUGCCACAGCAGAAGCCAAACCUGGUGGCCGGGGUCCCCAAGGGGCCCCCCAGCCCGGCCCCGGCCCCGGCCCCCGAGCCCCUGGUCAGGAUGCGCAAGGCCAGCCCCUCGGACCCGAGACUGGAGAAAUGGAGGCGGCGGACGCUCCCCCAUGACGUGAAGUUCGAGGAAUUCAACUUCCUGGCCCCAGAGCACUCUGGGAAGGCGGAGCAGAGACUGGCAGGCAGCUGUAGCCCCCUGGCCCAGAGUGGGGGGCAGGACCAGGGCCCGGGGACCCUCCCCGUGGCCAGGCAGGGGUCCUCUGGGGAGCCCAGGGCCACCUUCUUUGCAGUGACAUAUCAGCUUUCAGAGGCCUCCAAAGCCAAGAGCAUCGUGAAGCCAGAGAACCUGAUGGAACCUUCUAGAAAAAUGGCUCGCCCCCCCUCUCCUCAUUCCCCAGCCUCGUCCCGGGUGUCGCUUAACCACGAGGAGAUGCAGGAGCCCUCGGGCCGUGGGGACGUGGCCCAGGGCAGAGAGCGCGCUAGUCUCCCUGGGACCUGGAAGCCCGAGGACCCAGGAAGGCUUCCAGAUCCUUCUGUGACAAAGCUGGACACUGACACUCCCCAGUGGGGACAGGAGGACGGUCUCGCUCUUCAGCACGAUAGGAAGGCGGCUGGGGACAGGGCGUCCCCCAGCAGCGCCCCCCAGGGGACCCCGGCGGUCAGGAUCCGCCCAAGGGCCAGCCACGUGGGGAGGACGGAGCCUGGGGACCAGGUGGUCCCCCGCAGAGAAGGCGCCCCCUACAGGGCCAGCGUGCUGGACCUGGAUGCCCUGAUGCAGGAGUACCACAGGCAGCCCGCCAGGGCCCCCCCGGAGGGGACGACCCCCGAGAGGCCCGGCCAGCCUAGGGGCCUGGAGAGGGCCAGGAGGAGCUGGCGGGAGCCGGACGCCGAGGGCCUCCAGGAGCAAGCCUCUUCCCCUCAGCCUGGGACAAGCUCCCCGGGGGCCACCUCGGGGAGCAGGUACGGCGCCCCCAUCUGGGCAGCACCCCCUGCACCCCCGUCUCAGCGGCUCCCAGGCCCUGAGGGGGCCCAGAAAAGACUCCUGAGCGCCAAGGAGGAGGAGGAAGAGGGGAGAAGGGCCGGGGGGCGCCGUGGCCCCAAGCGUCCAGAUCACCCGGAAUCCAGGAUCGCAGGCCAGGAGGGUCCAGGCGGUGCAGCCGCUGUGCCCCCCCAGACCUCCAGCAGCGACCAGACCAAGGGCAUCCCGAGGCGGUGGGCCCUGCGGGGCGGCCCCCCGCCGGACAUCAAGAGGACCUAUUCAGAGAAGGGGGCCCCCGACAAGCUCCGUGAGGGCCUGGCCGUCCUGCAGGAGGCCAAAGAGAGGCGGUGGGAGCUCUCCCGGGGGAGAGGGGGGCUCCCCGUAGACGCUCUGGAGCCCAGCCGGCUGGAGCCAAGGGACCAGCAGGUGUCACCCUUGGGCCCGGGGACAGAGCGCCCUCAGGACAUGGAGCCCCAGCAGGGCCUUCCUGCGGCCUCGGCACCCCGGAGGAGCCAGAGCUUCUGCAGAGACAGGAGGGGCGGCCCCUUGGUGGAUCAGCUGAAACAAUGCUUCUCCCGGAGGGCCACUGGAGCCAAGGACACAGACACCCUGGUGCAGGAGGCUGACAGCCGUUAUGGGGCCUGCACGGAGCAGCGUCAGCGCGGGGACAGCCCGGCCCCGGAGUCGCCAUCCCCGGAGAGCAGUGGAUGGAAGCCUCCCGGCUGCCGCCUGUCCUCCCUGUCUUCCCCCACGGAGCCCACCCCGUCUGGGGCCCCCCAGACACCCCGGGGUGUCAGGGUGGACGCGGCUGGCAGUGGCUGGGAGCCCCCGGUCAGCCCUGUGACACCGUCCCCGCCAGACCCCGGCCCUUCCCACACAGUGGACGACUUCUCCUUCAUGGAUCAAACCUCAGUCCUGGACUCCAGCGCCCUCAAGACCCGGGUCCAGCUGAGCAAGAAGAGCGGGCGGCGGCUGCCCAGUGCCCUGCGGCACAGCCGGGUCCUGGAGGACAGCCUGGAGGAGGAGGCCCACAGCACCUGGAUGUUCCGGGAUUCCACGGAAGAGAAGCCCCCCCGAGGGGAGGACUCUGACGAGGAGGAGCAGCCCCAGCCUGAGAGGACGCCCACUGCCCACCCCCAGAGGCUGCCUGCGCUCCCCGGCCUGGACCCCGCCCUGUUGAAGGCCCAGCUGCACAAGAGGCCAGACACAGACAGCCCCGGAGAGACCCCCAGCUGGGCCCCCCAGCCCAAGGCCUCCCGCUCCCCCUUCCAGCCGGGGGGGCCUGGCAGCCGCGUCGAGAGGAAUGACAGGUCUGAGGAGCCCACACCCCAGUGGCUGAAGGAGCUCAAGUCCAAGAAGAGGCAGAGCCUGUACGAGAACCAGGCCUGAGCAGACGGGACUCUGCCACGCCCAGUCCAGUAAACAGAAGCCUUAACCCCCAGAGCUGCGGACAAGGCCCCACAGCUGCCUCCCUGCUGCCCGGGCCCUUCUGGGGGGCACAGAGCGGGGUCCAGCACCCCCACCUCCUCCAGCCAGGAAGGAAGCCACUGCCCUGGAGGGGACACCGUCACUGCUGCAGCCCCGGGAACAUGGAGGGACUGAGCCUGCUCCCUGAUUCUGAAAGCCCCUGCAUCGUGAGCGGGCCUGGCCCAGCCCCCAGGGCAGCUCAGGCGACCGACCUGCUGUUUCUGGGUUCCCAGCUUGGGGGGGAGGGUCCAUCACUUGGAUUUUUUGGUGUAUGUGUGGGGGGUGGUGCAUUCCUUCUCCCCCUGGAAGUGCUGGCAGCUCCGUGUGAGAAGUCCAGAGCCUGCCCCUUGCCCCCCCUGCCUGCCUUUUGUCUGGGGGGGGCUGCCUGCACCCCCAUUCCCCUCCCGCCUCCUGUUUCUCUGUCUGAAUCCUGGUUUCCUUGGGAGGCAGAAAAGCUGUAACCCUGCCCCCUCCCUCUGGAACCUGACAGGUGGGCCUAGGAGCAGGGUUGAGGCUGGUGGUCUCAGGUCCUCACCUCCCUGCCCUGAAGAGACCCCCCACCCCCGGCCCUACCCAUGCCCCCGGCCCUGGCUCCCUGGAGUUCUGCCUUUGUCCCUUGACCUCCAGGGCUUAGUAGCUGCGACCCCCGUGGCCACCUUGCCCGCCCAGGCAGCUGGCCUUCCAGAACCUUCUUCCUCUCCAAACCCCUACCCCCGUCUCUCUGGAGGGAAACCCUGACCGGAAGUGCUAGCUGCUUGGUGAUUCAGCAAACCACCCCUCCCUUGGGCAGAUACCCCGGAAGCCCCCCUCCCACCCCAGCCUGCAGCUGCCGUAACUCUGUGCCAAUCUUGCUUGGUGGGGGCUCACUGGAGAGAGGUGCUCAUCUGGUUGUCAGGGACCCCAGGACUGGGCUUCCUGAGGGGGGGCUCUCUGCACAGCAUGGGGUAGAUGGGGGGGUGUCACAUGCAUGGCGGCUCCCCUGUCCCAGGAGCUGGUCAGUCUUGCUAGGGAGGGUGACCCACCCAGCAGCGUGUCCCUCCCCUGCUAGUCUGCCCUCAUCUCCCACAGGCUGGUGGACACACCUGUGCCAGGGCCAGGGUCAGAGCCAGGGGCACUG